AAGCUUAGUUAGUCUUGCCUGCUUGACAGCGAUUGCAGUCUCAACGGAACAAUCGCUGAUACAUUUAAAAAGGCUGCAGCCCGAUACAAACCUGCGCUUCUAAAAUAAUUAAAACUAUUUUUUUUCCUGUUAAAACAUCCUGAGCCGAGGUAUCGUCGAUAGGCUUUUCUGCAAGCAACCACGGACAGUUAACGUUAGCUAACACGUUACUGAACACAACGCCGGCAUGUUUAAUCCACACCACCACCAACAGCACCAACAACAGCAACAGUUUCACCAUCAUCUGCGGCAGCUUCAGCAACUGUUCCAGCACCAGCCCCCUCCGCCGCCUCCUCCACCACAACCCCAACCCCCUCCAUCGCACCAUGUUCCACAUCACCAUCAAAGAGGACGGGCCAUGGCUGGACCAGGCCCUGCUCCUCCACCUCCCCGUAUGGUCAACCUGGCUGCCCAGGCCACCAUCAUUGCCCCCAACCCAAUGUUACAAGGGGCUCUAAUGAUGCAGCAGAUGCAAGGUAGCAUGCGUGGCUUUACAGCGAGCGGGCAGCAGUUCACCCAGUUCUUUGCUGCGGGGGCCCGGUCCUCUCUCCUGGGGCCUGUACCCAUGGGCAUGUCCAUGAAGAAUCCUCACAUGGGCUUCCCUGCCCGACACUACCAUCCCCACACCCGCUACUACAACAACAACAAUGACUAUGCUUCACGGUACCCGGAUAGAAAGAGGGAGCAGAGAGCCGGGGGGAGCACAGAUAACCAACCUGCAGCCAGCAGGACCCUGCCCAAUGACAAGACUCUCAAAGAUGGAGGAGUGGGAGGGCCAGGUGGACAGGCACGGCCCUCAGUGCAACCUGAGCCCAAGGAGCCAGCACUGAAGAAGCAGAGGACAGAGGGGUCAGAGGAGACUGUGGAGCAGCCUCCGGAGACAGAUGGGGUCCUAGGUGCAGCAGUGCAUCAAAGCCCACCAGAUGACAGCCAGCUUGAAGACUGUUUCAUUCUGGAGGAUGGGAGCACGGCUGGUCCAGAGGCACUUGAGGAAAGCAGAGCAGCCAAGGUCCAGAGUGGAGUGUCGGCCAUGCCAGCCUCUGAGCAGCUGAGUGGUGAGCGCCAGGCAUUUACACCAGGCCUAAAGGACAUGGCAGAGGGCAAGGCUGCCUCAGGGGUAUUGGAAGGAGGGCAGGAAGAGGGCAAGGAGGGGGGUGAUGCUGCAAACAAGUUCUAUUGCUACAUCUGCACUAUCACCUGUCACAACCAGCAGGACUUCCAGAGUCACAUGAACAGCCUGGUCCACCAGCAGAGGAUGAUGGAGAUCCAACACAUGUCCAGUGCCUGUCUGGUCACCUUGAUGCCCCGCGUCCAGGAGUCACUGCAGGGAGGCCGCAGGGACAGCUCCUUCAGGGACGGAGAGAAGAGACCCGGCCUGCAGCGUUGGUGUGCCACCUGCCAAUUCCACUACACCAGUACAGUCAUGGACCACCGCAGGACCAGUGAGCACAAGCUGACUAGCCGCACCUCCAACCCCUCCUGUACCGUCUGCAAGAGGCACUUCAGGAGCCCACUCCUGUUCCUGGAGCACAUGCAGUCCCAGGAGCACAAGCAGAGAGUCGGCGAGCUUCGGGAGGAGGGAGGGCCAGCGGCCUUAGCUGAACUGGUUGCCAUGGACGAGCAGGGCUGUUUUGUAGAUGACGGAGAUGAGGAGGGGGAGGAAGAGGACGAGGAUGAUGGUGACCAAAGCAGCUCCCAUGGAAAGGAGGGCUGGCCUACCCAGAUGGAGGUGGCUUUACUGGAGGACAUAGAUGAAGAUGAGGAAUAUGACCCUGACACGGUGUACGGUUCAAGCUUUGUGGUUCCCGUGGCUGGGUUCCUCUGUAGAAUCUGCCAGCACUUCUACCAUUUUGAGUCUUCAGCCCGCCACUCGCACUGCAAGUCACUCAAACACUUUGAGAACCUCAAGAAGUACAGGGCCUUGCGUAGCCAGAAGGAUGGGACAUUGGAACCUACUCCCGUGGACGGAGAUGCAGAGUGUGACAGUAACCACAGCCUGCCUUCAGAGGUCCUCGGCAGCCCUGCCUUACUGCCGCCCACCACCGCGCUGAGGCCCUCUCAGCCCUGCCCUCAACCCCAGGACAACACUCCCUCAGCCUCAUCUUUAUCCCAGCAGCACCUCGCCACUACCAGCACCCCUACCACCACCAGCACGAAGGGGACCCUGGGCCAAGCCACCCCAGAGCAGCAGAGCCUAGCUGGGCCUGAGGACAAGGAGGAAGAGCCAACCCUAGACCUAGGACCAGUCACAGAAGACACAGAGGAGGAGCCAGUCACGGGAGAGACGGAAGAGGAGGCAGCUGCCCAAGAGGAGAAGCUGGGCGACGGGAACGCAAAGGUGGGAUCCAAAAGAAGGUCUGGGAGGACAACACAGAGACGUUGAGAGAGUGGAAGAAAAAGAUGAUAUCCAGUACAAUUGCUACCCUAGGACAGGGUCGGUUAGUUUGGGACAGGAUCCUCCACCUCCUUUUCUGUAUAGCUCAAUGGACCAAGAAAAGAACACCCUGGCAACUCAAAACCAGGGCUCCUCCUGGCAUACCUAGGUGUUUCAUUUUUUUUUUUUUUAUAACACAACCACAACUAGAUACAGAUGUAUUUCUAACAGGCGUUCAGUUAAACCUGACUGAAGAGGAGAACCGUCGGGGAAACAACGUGUGGACGUUUUGUGUUUCUAUCAUAAAGUGUUAAGUCAAGUGAAAACACAGGUCAAGCUUAGUUCAACAACACGUUGUGUUCAAUCUAACUCCGUAACACAUUGUAGCCAAGUUUAGGAAGGAAGUGGUGUUGUUUUAGUCCAGGCAUUUCCCAUAAAGCUAACAAUGCUUUGUCAAGCUUUUAGUGAGACUUAGAAUGUAGCAUUUUAGCAGUUGACUUUUAUCUGGAUAACAAAAAAAAUGUGAGGGGGGUGGGAACUAAACAUUUAAAAAGUAAACUGUACUUUUGUUUGAAUGUCGAGUAACGAUGACCCUUGAUUUGAUCCUAGCUUUGUUGAAGUGUUACUGUCCUUGACAUUUUUUUUUUUUACACAAACUGAACUGAACUGUAAUGGAGAUUUCUUGGGAUGUGUUAGCAGGCGAAGGGAUAGGUUAGAGGGGGGAUUCAAAGGGGAUAAGUCCGAACUGCUUUGUCUAUUUUGCUCAGAUACACCGUGAGCUAUUGUUUUCCCAUCAUCACUGUACUACUAAAGUCAUUCUGACUUGUUUAGCUCUUUAACCCCGUGGUUGCUGAAACUCUGACUAAAUCCCACUGGUGUUGCGCCUAAGUUGCACAUGAACCUCCAAAAGGCUGAGCUAUUAGCUCAUAUGGCUUUGUCAAGACUGGGAGAAUUGUUUAGGUCAGUAGUGUUUCUGCAAUGUUAGGAAGCAGUACAUGCUUUUAGUGAGCCUUAGAAUGUAGCUUCUCUUAAUGAAAGUCUCAUAAUGUUGUGAAAGUGCUGGAGUAGACAAAUCCUAAGACCAUAAACAGUUCCUUUAGAGUUGGCUGAGAAAAUAUUAUCUUUGCCAUAGUUCGUUCUCCACUGAGAACCAGUUUUAUGCAAAGGUAAGUGAUCACUUAUAUUUUUCCUCAGUUGUGAGCAUUAGGUCUGCCUAUUGCCAGGUGAUAUGAUGGGUGGAUUUCCAAAGCCUGUCGCCCCAUUAAUAUUUACAAUUUCAAAUGUCCUGCAAUGUUUACACAUCACAACACAAACAUGACACUAAAAGAGUUGAGUAGUUUUGUGCUUGUUUUCCAACCUUUUAAAUUGCGUCUUUACUUCGUUCUUUUUUUCCCACACACAUCUUGUAAGCUCCAGCACACUUGACUAGUAGAGUUGUUUUCAUUGGAGUAGAAUUGUCCGUACAGGAAUUGCAUGGCAGUGUUGUCACCUUUCAACUGGGUAACCUAACAUCAAGGUUAUUAUCAACACCAAUGAAGUGGAAUGAUAGGACUUUUGAGUUUUUCCUAACCAUGAGACAUGCCUGGGUGAAACUCGGGGCCCUAACUGGUCAGGAAAAACUCUUGGCCCCUGGCAUGGAGAAUUAAGUGUCUUUUCCCCAGUGAUAGUCAAUUAGUGAAGCAGACUAGCAGUUAAAGAAACUGAUAACCAGCAGCUCUGAUUUUGAAGAGCACCAAUAGAAGGAAUGGAAUGAUUCACCCGCUUGUGAUCUCAAAUUAAAUAUGAUUUGUCACAUGCGCUGAAUACCACGGGUGUCAACUUCACAGUGAAAUGCUCAUCAGCCCUUCCAAACAAUGCAGUUAGAAAUAGUCCACAAGAAGAAUAAAAUACACAAGGAUAGAGAUCUAUUCGUGGUCCAUCACAAGACAUGGAUAGGCAUUUGUCACGGAUCUACUGGUGAGGAGACUUCUCUACCUGAAUAUAGGAUGUUUAAGUUGUAGACAGAAGUACACAAAACUAAAAAGUAAUGUAGCACUCCACAGAUAAGUCACCAAUCACAGCAAGUGGAAAUAGCCACUUUGAUUCCUUGAAAGAAGAAAAUAAUCUUUCCCGUCCAGAUUAUACUUUAAGUGAAUGGACAGUUGUUUUAUUAGUUAACCUGCACAGAGGAAGAGCAGAUACAUAUUGGUUUUGAUGAAGGUAAGCGCAGUUGUCUGCAAGAUUCUGGUUCCGGUCCCACUGAAAUAUUACAGGACCAGAGCGUGAUGAAAAUGGUCAUGUAAGAGACAUUUCAAUCAAAUCUGUAUGUUUCUUAAUGUAUUUUUAUUCAACAAAUGACAAACUCAGAUGAACAAAAUAGUUGUUUUCUAGCAGCUAGAAGUUUCUUGUAUUUUUUGGGGGAUGUUUUCUGUAUUGGGUUCCUUUUAAUUUAUAAAUAAAAUAUGACUAUUGCCUCACUU